AUAAGGACUCUUAGCGCAAGUGAUAGUCAGCUGACUCUAUCCGGAAACGUUUCACGAAGAGGACAGCAACAAAAAGAGGUUUUCAUCCAGAAAACUGACUUUUCAGUCAUCCGCGGAUGUUUAUCGAUGGAGUCGACGCUUGAACAACAUCUUGAUGACACCAUGAAGAAUCCAGCUGUAGUCGGAGUCCUCUGCACAGACCAGCAGGGACACAGUCUGGGCUGUCGUGGGUCGUUGUCCGACGAACACGGUGGUGUUGUGUCGGUUUUGGCCAAACAAGCUGCGGCUCUCCCCAAAGACCCGACAGACUCCCCGACCGUCUGCCUGGAGUCUGACUCGGGGAACAUUUUGGUGCGGAGUCAUGGAAGCAUCACAAUAGCAGUCCACAAGAUCGCAUCCUGAAGACAGCAGGACUCCUGAGCAGUUUUAUUGUAAUGAAAUGAACAGAGACUAAAUUUAUGCAGUCCAAAUCUGGGAAACAGUAAACUGUAGCUUCUGCAUUCAUUUGCUAAGUUUUUCGAAUCUGCAUUUUUAGACCUAAACAGUUGUGCUUGUUAUGUUGAUGCUAUUGUUAUUGGUAUCAGGUAAUAGAGCAGCUUGUUUGUUACAUACAAGUUUCUGUAAACUACUUGGGUUUGUCUUGUUUUGUUUUUUUUGCGUGUUAAAAUUCAACAUAAACAGCUCUAAAUAAACUUUAACUUGACUUUCA